AAUGCUGAGUCGAACUUACAAACGCUGCCUCACCCUUGAGAUGUGAGCAUGAUAAAAAAAGACUGAGAAGGGAUAGAUACAGAGCCAGAAGGAAGACGUAGAGAAACAGGUGUGGACGACAAAACAGGAAAUGAAAGCAGUGAGUGCAACAACUCUACGGUGCAGACUGCAUGCAGUUCUCUCAUUCGGUCCUUACUCACCGUUUCCCUGAUGGUGCUGCAGGGAAGGUGGCUGUCUUCUGUGGAGUCAGUUUGUUGGAAUGUGAAGAUUUUGGAAGGACAAGAAGCAAUGGCUGAAGUGGACCAAGAAGGUUUCCUCUGGAUUUGGAAUACGUCUCGGAAUGAAAGGGGAACACUUUGGAAUUCCACCGCUGCACCAGGAAUAAUAGUCCUGGAGUUUGCCUCAGGGGGUCAGCAGAGUGUGGGGUAUGAGUCAUGACGUCUGUGGUGCUUGUAGACAGCGGAGGAGCGGUGGUGGAGUAUGUCACAGCAGUGGACGACCAUUUAAUGGAGGAGGGUGUGUAUGAGGUUGAAGGCGAGAUGGAGAGAGAGGCGGAGUACCCUGCGGUGAUCGUGGAGCCGGUGCCCAGUGCGCGGUUGGAGCAGGGCUUCGCCGCUCAGCUGCUGGUGUACGAUGAUGAGACCUACCUGAUGCAGGGAGUAGCUGAGGAGCAGGAGGUGGAGACUGAAGUGUUGGAGACAGUGGAAGCAUCAGUUCAUGGCUCUGUACAAUGCUCUGACAAAACCAUUGAGGCCGCUGAAGCUCUUCUACACAUGGACUCUCCCUCCAGCUUGCGAGGGGACCGGAGCCCAGAGGUUUUUGUGCCUCCGUGUGUCAACACUUCGGAGUUCCUGCAUGCUGCCAUGCGUCCUGACGUGCUGACCGAGACCGUGGUGGAGGUCAGCACAGAGGACUCGGAGCCCAUGGAGGUGGUUACUGUUCUCCAGGAGCCUGAGAUGCUGGAGACAGAACACAACAAAAGAAGGAAAUGUGAGAACAUGAACACUGGCAAAGCUGGGCGUAAACCCAAACCCCAUCACAUUUCAAACGGAUCUCCAGACCUGGGCAUCAAGAAGAAAUCUAGAGAAGGCAAAGGAAGCACAUACCUGUGGGAGUUCCUGUUGGACCUGCUGCAGGAUAAGAACACCUGUCCCAGAUACAUUAAGUGGACACAGAGGGAGAAGGGCAUCUUCAAACUGGUGGACUCCAAAGCUGUGUCAAAGCUCUGGGGCAAACACAAGAACAAACCAGACAUGAACUAUGAAACCAUGGGCAGAGCUCUCAGGUAUUAUUAUCAGAGAGGCAUCUUGGCUAAAGUAGAGGGUCAGAGGUUGGUGUACCAGUUUAAGGAAAUGCCUAAAGACAUUGUCGUCAUCGAUGACGAUAAGUGCGACCCUGGUGGUGAUGUAAUUGGAGAGAAGACCUACGAUCGUGUUCCUCCCUCAUCUGACACUCUUUUGGCAACUGACCUCUCCAAAACCCCUGCUAUCUUGAGAGGGGGCGGUAGGACUUUGGUCCAUCCGGGUUCCCCAAAAGCUAAAGCUGCGCUCACUGCAACUCCUGUUCAGCGCAUUGUAACGGUCUCUGCGUCAACUGAUCCAUCACAGCAGUCUCAUGCCACCAUUAUCCCCAAUGCACCCAGGACUGUGCGGGUUGCUAUGCAAGUGCCGGUCGUAAUGACAAACUCCUUGGGACAGAAGAUCUCCACGGUGGCCGUGCAGUCAGCGAACUCUUCUCUCUUCACUACAGCGCCCACCAACACCGGCUCAGCAACCGGUACAAACGCACCCAAAGUCCUAAUCCAGACCAUGCCAACGAUGGUUCCUGCCACAGCUGAGAAUGGUGACAAGAUCACGGUCCAGCUCGCCAAGAUAAUCACCAUCCCCGCAAGCCAGCUCACGCAGUGCCAGCUACAGGGCAAACCGGGCACCCCAACGGGCAUCAAUCUGAUGGGUGCCCCCCUCGCUGUCCGAGCCCUUGCACCCAUGUCUGUGGCGCCGGGGGCGCAGGUGGUCCGAUUGGCAGUUCCAGCCCAGCACAGUCCAGCCCGGGCGAAGACACAGGUCCCUGUUUCAAUCCAGACACAAACUCAAGUCCCAAUCUCCGUUCAGACGGCAUCUACUCCGGCGUCAGUUCCAGUUCAGAUCCAGAUUCAACAGAGCCAGCUUUCUCCAAAAGCGAAAAGCGCAGUAUCGAAACCGGAUAGCACUUUGGCAGAACAGCCAGAGCUGAACAAUCCCACGCAGCAAGCAGCAGCAGUGGGGAUUGAGGAAAGUUCAAAUGCACGGUCUGAAGCAGAGAGCUGAAGAGUGAUGCCUUCUGUCAGGAAUGAACAAUAAUAAAUUAACUUGUAUUCCUCAGAUACCAUUCAAUCACAUACUGGGAGUACAAACUGCAGAUUUAUUGAAUUGUACAGUUUCAGAGUUAAAUUGCGUUUCUUUUUAUAUGAAAAAAAAAAAAAAAAAAAAACAGGAAAAGACCACAAGUGUCUCAUCGUGUGGAUUAAAUCUUGAUGUCCAUCAUUUCAAUUAUGAGUUGUUAAAGGGACCAAUGUAAAGGACACUACAUUUCUUUUUUUUAAUCUAACUUUGACACUAAUGACAGCUAAGCAGAACACUAAGGGGUGAGAAGCUGAAGUAUGUGUACCUUUGAGGGAGGAUAAAUUCAACUUUUUAUAACUUGUAUAAAGUUUUUUUUCUUUUUUCUGUAACAUUUAAAUUGCAAGGCAAAACCAGCAGUUUCUUUUGACGAUCACUGUGAGCGCACACUGCUGAAUCGAAUCUCCCACUUCGAGUAAGGGAAGAAAUGGACUUUGUAUAUAUGAAAUAUACAGUUUACUGAAUUUAUAAACAAUGCAGCCUUAGAACAGUUUUGUUUUUGUCGUUAUUCUGAUAAGUCAAACUUUUGUGUUAUGCUCAUGUUUUGUUCAAUGUGGUUUUUUUUUUGGUUUGUUUCCCUCACACAUUGUACCAAGCACAGUAUUAUUGGCAAACAAACUGCAAAGCAUUUUUGCAUUCUCAUUUCAAUCAUACAGGUAAAAAAAAAUACCAUACUGAUUAGGUGUAAGUACAUCUGGAUCCAAAUUCUGGAAUGAUGCCAAUUCCUUUUUUUUUUUUUAAAAGGUCAAUCAUCAGCAUGCAUCCUCACUUCAAGCACAUUUGUUGCGCAUUUUUCCUUUGUUUUUAUUAGUCCUUAAAGAGGGAGAACAAGAUGUUUGUGUUCAGAAUAAUCUAGUUUGUAUAUUCAACAUUUGAAGCAUAUUCUAUUUUGUUGUACUCUUGUUUCAAAGUGUACUCGAGUAGAUUUUACUCCAAUACAAAAAGUAUUCCUGAA